CGAUUCUCUACGAUAUAAAAGAGCCGCGAUCAUGGUAGGAUUAGGGUUUCAGAGCACGCGAGAGCUGCUCCGCAACUUGAAGACUUACGUCGUCGUCUGCGAUCCUUCUGAGGAAUGGCGGUUCCGUUGCUGACGAAGAAGAUUGUCAAGAAGCGUGUCAAGAAGUUCAAGAGGCCCCAGAGCGACCGCAAGAUAUGCGUGAAGACAAACUGGCGCAGACCAAAAGGUAUUGAUUCUCGGGUGAGAAGAAAGUUCAAGGGAUGCACCUUGAUGCCAAAUAUUGGCUAUGGUUCUGACAAGAAGACACGCCAUUACCUGCCAAAUCGAUUUAAGAAGUUCGUGGUUAACAACGUUUCAGAUUUGGAGUUGCUGAUGAUGCACAACCGGACUUAUUGCGCUGAGAUCGCCCAUAGUGUUUCUACGAAGAAGCGCAAGCUCAUCGUCGAACGCGCUGCACAACUUGACAUUGUUGUCACGAACAAGCUUGCUAGGUUGCGCAGCCAGGAGGAUGAGUAAAACAGAUGUAUUUUGUUUGCGAAUAUUACUACGAAACUUGACUCGGUUUCACUUUAGUCCAUGCAAUUUGAUUGGUGAAAAUGGCUGUUUGAAUUUAGAGAGAUGUGUUUUGGGAUUAGUUUGAUCAACAAGAUUUUGUUCAGUAUUUCA